AUGAAUGUGUUACGAUCCCCUACUGGAAGCGACAAUCAAAAUGAACGUUGUGCAUCGCAACCUAACUUGUUAAAUUAUGGAUUCUCUUUAAAUGAAAGCAAUCUAUCACUAUCUAUUAACCGUCAAAAAAGAAAGCAGCCCGACCAAGACUCAGAAAUUAAAGAAGAACUAGUGGAGAUACGCAACAAAAUGGAUAAACUGUUAGAUUUUAUGGGCCAAUUUACCGAGGCACAAAAACUUGCGGCCGACAAGCUUAGUCAAGAUGUUGCUUCUAUAAAAGAUCAAGUAAAUAAUUUUAAAGCCAUGGCGGAUAACCUAGUCUUAGAACAGAGUACUAUUAAAGCGGAAGUCACAGAAUUAAAAGUUUCUACCAGCACCACUUGCGAGAAAGUUGAAAGCUUACAAAAUGAGAUUGAAAAGUUAAAAAUGAGGUCGACAGAAUCGCGUGAUAGCCUAUCUAACAUAACAGAGAAUACUAUGAUUGAGCUACGAGAACGUAUAGCGAGAGAAAAGAAUCUUAUAAUUACUGGAAUACUGGAAUCAAAAAAUCCUGAUGAAAAUAAAAGACAAAGUGAUGAUACAAAUGCAAUUAACAACAUAUUAAAAGACAUCUAUAAAGAAUGUCCCAAUCCAAUUAAAAUUUUUCGGCUUGGAAAUCAUAAAGAAGAAAGAUGUCGACCAAUAAAGGUUUACUCGGGCAUGUUAUCUCACCGCCUGCCGUGUCCUGCUUUGCGCAGCGGAGCAAUGUGGAACGGAUGCCCUAAUGUCCUGUCCUGGUUGAGGGUAGUCUCAGACACCGCUACUUUAUACGCGAAGAAAGGAAACAAUUACAAUAUAUGUUUUCAAGAAGACUUUUUGUAUGGACAAGCUGUUAUCUCAGAAUGGUAUCGAGAAUAUGGAUAUGUACCUCCUGCCACAGCCAUGAUUAUUUUUCACAAAUGCUGCGUGUGGGAGCUGCACCAGAGACAUUUUCGC